GAGCAAGUAGUCUCCCUUCUGUUUCACAUUUUACCCACUGUCUUGCUUCUGUCAGGCAGUAUGGGUCGUGGCUAUAUAGUAGAAGAUGCUGUGGAGGGAUAUCUGACGAAACUAUGUGAACAACAAGCAGGUGCAGUCACAGGCUUGCUUAUUGGACAGAGCUCAGCCCAAAGGGACUUUGUUGUCAUGGCAACUCGGACGCCCCAACGGGAGGAGUCUACUGUCGCAGCUGGAAACUCUCUGGACAAGGAGUGGGUGACUGAGCAUGCUCGACAGGUGUCUCGGAUGCUGCCCGGAGGCCUGUCUGUAUUGGGAGUCUUCAUCAUCUCUGAUACUGAUUCCAAGGACACACUAACCACACUCCGACAGCUGGUUUUUGCGGUGGAGAAUGUGAUCUCCUCUGAGCAUCUGUGGAACCUUGCAGAUGAUGACGUCACAGACUGUGUCACACUGCACGUCAACCCCAAAACCAGGAAAACCAUCUGCAGAACCUUUGACAUCAAAGAUCCCAAGAGCUUGGCCAAGCCUGCAGACUGGAAGUACCAGUCAGGUGUGUGUUCCUCCUGGAGCAUGGUGACAUGUUGUUUAAAUGUGGACAUGUUGGUACCACUACCAGACAACAGAACCGAUGCAGAAAUCAUGGAUAAAUGUCUUAAGGAGGAGCUAAGAGUGUGGGCACAUCAGCUGGAGAGUGGAGUUUGUCUGAUUGGUGGAAAAAAGCUGGCAGAGGACACAGAGCUCACAGGAGGACAGAAGAGAAAUGUGAGACAGACAUACACAGCUCAGUUACUCAUCACACCGGAUGACAGGAGGUUAACAGAUGUGGUCCAGCGGUGUGGAGGCAGUGUGUCAGUCAGAGGAUCAAUCCACAGCAGAGCUUACUUACACAGCAACAAACCAAAGGCCAAACUGGCUGAGAAGCUGCUGAAGAGGGACGUGGUUUCUACGGUGGCCACAAGGGUUCAGAUGGUGCUGGAGGAGCUGCUGACUUCAGAGGAGGAGAGCAAGAGCAGCAGCAGCAGCAGCAGAGACAAACAACAGACAGAACAAUUCUGUCUCCCUCAUCGUGUCUUCUGUCCAGUAAAAGUGAGUGGGCCAGUGUGUGUGUGUGACUACCAAUUCAGUGACGAGGCCCUGUCUGAGGUGACUGACAGGCUGAAGGAGAUGCUGGACAUUGACGCAGCCGAGGAAGAUUUAGAUACCAGGCAGGAAACACCAGCAGAAAUCCCGGAGACAGAUGUUGCAGCAGAGCCCAUUGGGGAAACUGCUGAGGUGCUAGAGCCCAAGAGGAACAACUAUAUUGGUGUUGCCAUGGCUACUGCUGUCGCCCUACUUGCCACUGCUGCCUCAAUGCUCUAUCUCAGUGAUGCUUAAUAAACACACAUGUACACACCAAAAAAAGCAUUUGUAACAUUUCUACAAUGUGUAUGUUGGUUGAAUCAGAAAGUGCAAUAGUGCAGUUUAAAUUUGGGAUCAUUAAAGUGAUGCUUUGCUGAUUUUCAGCCAGCUUUGAGUAGCACCAAUUUCAAAAGUAUUUGCAUCUUUCUACUGCAUAGACAGCCAGUUAGUUUUAUGAAUCUUUUCAGCAGUGAAAUACAUCUUUAAUUUGACUGACUGCAAACUGUUAAAAUGUUUUGUCCAUUAUUUGUUUUUAGUAAGCUCUUCUAUAUUCUAUCAUGAUAUUAAUAUUUUUAUAAUCAUGAUGUUUUGUGUAAUGGGAACGGGUUUACUUGUAGUGAAACUCUGCAGUUCCCCUCAGUACUAUGGAGCAUUUAAUGUCUUUCGGCUAACUGUUUUGGUUCAACAGCCCACUACUUUAAUGUUUUGGGUCAGUCUCACCAAUCUCUUCCAGCAGCAGCAGGCAGCUGUUUUCAGUGAAAAACUCUGGAUAAACUCACUCUACAUUCAUUACAGGGUGAUCCAGACAGUACAUUCGCUCUAAGUUAACUUUUAAAACCAUUUACCAAUCACCGCUAAAUGUUGAUUUAUUCUGCACAUACAAUUUAACAUGACAGAAUCACAGAAUAAAUCCCACAACUCUAUUCAUACAUACUGAUUCAAUAGG